CUCAUUGGUAAUUACUUAACAUAGGUUGGUGACAUUGUUUUAUUCUUUGUAGCAACGGCGGUUUUAUGAUAACGUUUUUUUUUAUGAGAAGAACACGCUACAAGUUUUUGGUUUUGGACGUAUUGGUUGUAUAUUGUAACAUUUCAUUUGAAGCGUUGUGUUGCAGUUUAUUUUCCAAGUAAUUUUCGUCCAUUAUUUGGAAUUUCACGAGUGUUGGUAAGUAGCAAAUGGCCCAUCAAUAUUUGGAGCAAACUUCUGCUAUUUUAAAAGACGAUAAGGGUUACUACGUUCCAGCUACUAAGCGACCCGACGGGACUUGGCGUAAGGAGCGGCGGCUCAAGGAGAACUAUAUUCCUCAGGACGAAGUAGCACUUUACGAAUCUAAAGGGAAAAAGUUUUCUGCCAGCAAACCUCAAUUACCCCCAGGUGCUCCAAUGGUUGCGGUAUCUAAACAACAACAACCAAAGCAAGUUCUUACGGAAAAACAACCCAAACCCCAGAAAAUCAAAAUGCCUGAGGUACAAAAGCAAAAAGAACAGACUAAACCGGUAGAAAAGAAUUCGGGAGAUGAGCCAGGAGUUGACCCUGUGAAACGUUGUAGAAAUCUUAAGAAGAAGUUGAAAAAUAUCGAAGAGUUAGAAAUUAAAGUAGCAGAAGGACAUUCAAUUGAUAAUGACCAACGUAAAAAAAUUUCCAGUAAAAAUGCUGUCAUUAAGGAUAUCACUAAUCUCGAAGCCAUCAUUAAGUAAGUUUAUAAUUUGUCAAACAAUUAUUCAAAUUUAAUUUGGUAUUCGGACAUUUACCCGUGGAUAUUUCCUUCCCCCCUUCCGAUUUGAGCAGUAGAUUGGACAUAUUUUCCCAUUAAAAAAUAUUAAUAGGCAUUAUCCUUUCAAUUUUUUUUAUUUUUUACACAGUUUGAUUGAAUAGUAGACAAUUAUGUCCAUCAUAUGUUUUAAACAUUUAUUUGUAAAGGAAAUUAUUUUUUAUUUUAUCUAAGUGUUUAAUUUUUUCUUAUAAAUAAUAAAUUUCCAAAUAUUCCCUUAAAUAUUAUAGAUAAUCACAAUAUUUUACCAAAACUCAUUGCAAUUAAAGUACUGAAUUAGGUACCGUUAAAAUCUAUAAUUGUGUUCAAAACUACCACCAAUUACUCGGAUUAUUAUGAUAAAAUUCUAAUUAAAUUGUACAACAUGUACCUAAAUGGUUAGAUUAAGUUACCAACAAAUUAUUGUCUAUUGUUAUACAUUUUUUCAAUCGUACGACAAUGGAACCUAUAAGAGAACUACAAAAUCAAAUGGUUUGACAUUAGGAAGGUCUUCACUUAUAUUUCUUCUUUAUUAAGAAAUGUGUAUAAUGAUACAAAGAAAGAAUCAGGUAGAACAAAUGGUUGAAGUCUGGCUCUUGGGUUCAAAAAAAAAUUGUCAAAAUAUCUAAAAACCAUUCCUGUAUUUUCUCUUCUCCUUCCUUAUCUCAUUCAUGUUUUGCAGUCAUAAUAUUAAUUUCCCAAUGUCUCGCAAUAAUAUGCAAGGUUUCCUUUCACAUUCUAAAAUAAUAUAGAUUAAUAAAUUAAAAUAUAGAUGCAUAAUACGUAAUGUAAUAAAUUAUGUAUAAUAGGUAUCUUUGCUACAAACUCUUACAUAAAAUAAAACCAGUGAUUGUGAAGCUACAGAACCAUAUAGUACCACGAAAAUUGGUCGGAAAAUUUUUUAACUACUAAUAACCUAUUUAUCGUUUUAUGGUUUUUUGACAUUUUGACGCCGGUGUAUUGAUAAUGAAAUCAUAUUGCGGCGGACCUAAGACAUGUGUACAAAUUUCCCAUAUUAUUGCGAGAAAUAGGAAAAUAGAUAUUCUGACUGCAAAACGUGAAUCUUGUAAGGGAGUGAAAUAAAAAAUAUAAGGGUGGAUUUUCGAUAUUGUUACAUUUUUAUUUUAUUUUUUUUGAACCCAAGAGCUAGACUUCAACUAAAUAAAUAUUAUAAGUGAAGGUUUCAAUAAUACAUUUUAAAGUUUUAUAAUAACUCUAUAUCUAAAUAAUUUUCAUUGAAUCAAUCUAGAGAUUAAAUUCACUAGUUAUUAUUAAAUUGUUAAGUAUCCAAACUGAUACGGUUCAUUUUUUCAAAAGAAAAAAUGUAUGAAUAAAGGCUUAAAAAUAUUUGUUUAAGGAUAAAAAAAAAUAAUCAGAAUCUAAGAAUUUUUACUAUAUGUAACAUAUACCCAACAAAAAUUAUUAAUACCCAUUAAUUACCCAUUUAUGUGAGUAAGUAUUAAUCCAGUCACAACUGUAAUCAUAUAUAAAUAUGAUAAUAUAUAUUAUAUGGUUGUCAUUUCAACCAGUAGAUUUGGAUAUAUAUAAGUAUAAUUGAAAUUAUUAAAUAAUUAGUUAAUAUGGGAAUGCUUCGCCAUUCUUAUAUAAUAAUGAAAAUACUAAUAAUAGUAAUUUUCUUGCCCAUGACAACUAAAUUAUCAUCUGUAUCACCAACUGUUGAAUAAACAAAAAUAAUUUAAUAAACAAUUAGAUACCCAAAAUAAUAACUAAAAACCCCUAUUUUACCCCCUUAGGUGUUAAAUGUUCACAAAUCUUUUCUUAACAGAUGUCUAUGCCAUAAUAGUUAAGUUAUGCCAAAUUUCAGGUUGAUCCAUCCGAUGAUGAAUCAGUCUGUCAAGACAUGUUCAUAUAGUAGUCACGACUUCGUCGGUCUUUUUUAUAAUUACACAAAGAAAUAAGAAAGAAUAAUAUUAAUGAACUGAUAACAAUGACAAUAAUGAUUAAAAUGUUCAUAUUAAUUAUUACAAUACACAUUUAUUGUGAUAGUGAUGAGUACUAGGUGUAAACAUGUAGUACAUUAUUCGGUCGUUAUUUUUGAUACCUUGGGUAUCAUUGCAAUUUUUAUAGGAAUCUCUAAUUUUUUUUAAAAUUAAAUAUAGCCCAUGAUACUUGUUGACAAUGUAGCUUUUUAUGGGUGAUUUGUAGGUUUUAAAAUCGGUUAUGUACUUUUCAGCUUAUCCAUUACAAACAAACAUAAAAAUAAAGCUUUUAUCUUUAUAAUAUUAGUUAAGAUUUAUCAAUGGCUCAGUGUGUAGAAAUUUGAUAUGUAAAUGGGAAUUUCUCUUCAAAAUAAUAAAUUUACAUAUAUUGUGUAUAAAAGAAUAAAAUCAAAUAUACCUAUAAACUUCUUGUAUUUCCAAUAACAAAGCGACAAUUCAAUUUUUUUAUUUGUAAAACAAUAAAAUAUGGUUGUUGAAUUUUUUUGACAUCAACAUUGAUUUUUUUUAAAGGAAUUCUCCAAGUUAAGAACUAUAAAAAAAAAAAAAGUACUUUAGAUUAAAAAACAAUUCAAACAAUUGAUUAAUAAUAAAUCAUAUUAAUAAUUUAUUUGUAAACAAAUCAUAACAUGAUUUCAAUUAGGUCAAUAAUGGUUUCCAUAUGGAAUAAAUCAAAUGAAACUUCACCCCUCAUAAAUUUUCUUUUUUUUUUCUUUUGAAGACUUGUUUCAAUGUUGAUUUUGAAAAUAUUUUAAUUUUUUACGGAAACAAUUAUUAAGGAAUUUAUAAAUAAAAUAAUUCAAAUUUUUAUAGUGUAGUAUUUCAACUUAAAAUCUUCAAAAUUAUUUUUUAUUCUUUGAAAAGAUGAGGUUUUUAGUUUUGAAGAUGAUGGUGCAUUUAAAAUUUGUUUAAAACUAUUAUUUUAAUUGAAUGAGUUGUGAAAAACUAAAAAUAAAAUGUCCCAGUUUUUUAAAUAUAACUAUGUCGGUUAAAUAUCAAAGUAAAAAAAAAAAAAACAACUAAUUGCAAAACAAAGUCUUUCAUAUGUUUGCUUCACAGGUUUAUGUCAUUCUUACAAAAACAAAAAUAAACUGCGAUUUGUAAGACAAAAUAAGGGACAAAAUCUUUUGUCGGUUAGAGAUCUAGGACAAUAACUGGUCCUCGCGAAAAGAACAAUGGAUUUCCUGGCUUUAUUUGUAUAAUUCAAUAAUUAGGGUUUCACUAACAAGAUAUUUAUGAAAUACCUAUAAUAAUAGUAGUAAUAUUUUUCACACUCAUACAUAUGAAAUACUCAUUUUUUUAAAAGUUUACAUAAUUGUAAUUUUGAAACAUGAAAAAUGUACUAUAAUAUUGUUUGAAUUUGAACUUUAAAGUGUACUGUUUAUAUUUAAUAUUAACAUUUAACACUAAUUAAAAAUUAUUAAUAAGUUUAUCUUUUUUAAAAGUUGAUAUUAAAACUUGAAAUAGAUAUUAGUUUUCAUGCAUGAGAAAAUAAAACUUCCCCUGUUAAAGAUUUUACAUUUUUAAUAAGAUGUAAACUUAGAAUACUUGGAUCAUUAUUGUUAUUAUAUUAUUAUUAUGAAGUUAAAACUGAAUUAUAAUUUAUAAAUAAUAAUAAUUAAACAAAUAGGACAAAUAAUAACAUCCUAUCCAAAAAGGUAAUAUUUUAAUUAAUUUAAAAAAAAAAAAAAAAGAAUUAGCCUGGGACCAAUUGUACAUUUAAAAAAUUAUGACAGGGGCCAAUUGAUUAUGCACAGUGGUUUUUUUUACAUGGACCAAUUGUAAGUUUACCGUUGGGUAAAAAGGAAAAAUAGGGAAAAAAAAUAUCUUUAUCUAAUAGGGUGGAUAAUUGUUAUCAAUCUGAUACAGCUGUAAGGAGGAUAGUUUCAUAAGUUUAAACCCAACCCUCACUAAAGACCAAGCCUUUAGCAACUUCCAUUUAUUUUUCUCUUGGCAUUAAAUCGAAAAUAAUUUUGUUUUUACUGGUCAAAGUUACAAAGUUUUUGCCAUAACUUCUUUAAUAAUGAUUUCUGCAAAAGAAUAAAUCAAACAUUUUAAAUUUGUAUGCCAAUAAAAUGCGUCUUUAAAAAGUACAGUAUAAUUCAAUUUUAUAUAAAUAAUUAUUCACUUAAUCUGAUUUGUGAUCAAAAUGUGUAAAAAAUGAUGUCCUAGAUUCUAUUCAUAGAUACAUAUAUUUUUUUUUAGAGUUUUGUAUCCCGAACCUCCAAAACCAUCAAAGAAGGAUGGUAAGAAGGAUGCCAAAAAAGAUGGUAAGAAAGAAGCAAACAAAAAGGAAACUAAAAAAGAGAACAAACCAAUUAAAGUUAAUGAAAAAAAACCAUCUACAGUAUUGACAAAUGGAACUCCAGUCAAAAAGGCUGAAAAAAAACCAGUAGCUUCUCCAGUACAGGAAAAUGGCACAACAGCUAAUAAAAAGACUGAUAAGGGCACUAAAACUGAGGUGAAGAUAAAAGCUCAACCUAAAACACAAACUCAAACUAAAACGCAAGCCCAAACUAAACCUAAAGCUCCACCUGUUGUUGAAAUUUCAAUUGAAGCAGCUAAGAGAAUUAGGAACCUUAAAAAGAAGUUGAAAACUAUUGAUGAGCUCGAACUUAAAGUUGCAGAAGGUGGCAAAAUCGAUAAAGAUCAACGUGUGAAAAUAUCCAAGAAGUCCAAAGUGUUGGCUGAAAUCAUUGCUCUCGAAAGUGGCAAGUAAAGAGCCUGAUUCUAUAUUAGAGUAUUACAGAAGUUAAUGAUUUAUUUUCUAUCGAUAUAUAUUAUAUAUAUAUCAGAUUAUAUUGAUUCUAAUUUUAAAUAAUAUUAAAGUACUGUCUGUUUAAAACUUUUGAAAAGUAUUUACUUUUAAACUGUGUUCAAACUAUUUACAUUUUUUUCUUCAUAUUAAUACAAUUGACAAAAUUCAAUAAUUAAGUUCCAUAAAAUAUGUUUAUUUUUAUUUUAUACUUUUAUUCCUUAAAAAAUGUAAUACUUGGCAGGACAAAUCUUAUUUUUCUAUAUAAAUAAAUACUCUAAAAAUAUAUGAAUAUGAGUGUGUGCCUGUGUGUUUAUAUUAAUAUCAAGUAAUAUAUUAUCUACUAUCG